GCGGUCUUGUGGUUCCGGGACGGCGGAGCGGGCCCUGCUGUCGGCGAGUGCACCGAGGGAGAGAGUGCGGCUGAGGCGGGGGAGAAGCGCCGCCAGGUCAGACGGGAGCCAAGCCCCGGACCCCCAGUCUGUCUGAUUCAGCAAUGUCGGGCUUACUCGACUGGCUGUACAAUGGAUUCACCAGCAUGCUACAGUUCCUGGGUUUAUAUAAGAAAUCGGGAAAAUUGGUUUUCCUAGGCUUGGACAAUGCUGGGAAAACCACCUUAUUACACAUGCUGAAAGAUAACAGGCUGGGGCAGCAUGUUCCAACAUUGCAUCCCACAUCAGAAGAGCUCACCAUUGCAGGAAUGACAUUCACUACCUUUGACCUUGGAGGUCACGCACAAGCCCGAAGAGUCUGGAAGAACUACCUCCCUGCCAUUAAUGGGAUUGUUUUCCUGGUUGACUGUGCAGACCACUUACGACUUGCUGAAUCCAAAGUGGAACUUGAUGCAUUAAUGACAGAUGAAACAAUAUCCAAUGUUCCAGUUCUUAUCCUGGGAAACAAAAUUGACCGAUCAGAGGCCAUCAGUGAGGAGAAGCUACGAGAGAUCUUCGGGCUAUAUGGACAAACGACAGGAAAGGGGACUGUGCCUCUGAAGGAACUCAACACCCGACCACUGGAGGUGUUUAUGUGCAGUGUGCUGAAACGUCAGGGUUACGGAGAAGGGUUUCGCUGGCUUUCACAAUACAUCGACUGAUCCUGAGAGAAAAUGAUGCCACUUUGGACAAACUAGUUUGCAGCUGUCUACGUGAUUUUCUUUCCCUCUCCUUUGCUUCCUUUCCAAAUAAAACAGGUCACACAACUAUUGACAAGAUCACAAUGCCAGCUAGGAGAGGUUUCAGAUCUUCUCUGUUUCUAAGUACAAUUCUGAGGUAGGUACCUAGUUUAACAUGAUAACAUAUUCCCCUAAGUGUGGCCUGUUUACAACUCCCAAACGAUAGUCAACUGAGAAUUCGCACUUGAAUUUGGCUAUGCAACAGUUUUAGAGAUAUAUGAGAGGGUUUUUUAGUGUGUUCUUUUCUUCUGAUGCAACAUGCUUCUGAAGCUAUUCAGGUAUGUUUGCCUCUCUGAGGCCCCAUUAUACAAGAAAGCGUGGAUGGAGUGGACAGCAGCUAACUGGCCACCCUAAAAACAUCUUAAUCAAGUCAUGUAAUAGGCUGAAUGGUGUUCAAAACUCACUUUCUCAUACUUGUUCUCUGUCUGUGCUGAUUGUGGUAAGAGCCCUUUCCUGAAGCUUGGAAUAGUCUAAGGCCAAAAUUAAACAUUCUCAUGGUUUUGGGGCAUGCAGAUGUGGCCGAUAUAAAGAAACCAUUCUGGACUUCAAUCUCCCAUGAAGUGAUGCUGUGAGAACUUGUGUUAAAAUUAUUUCAGCUGCCAGUUUAUCCUGGGUAGGAUGUGCUGUUUACAUACAUGACAUUAACAUUUGAAGAUAUGCCGGUGGUAUCUGGACUGGUUAAAUUACUGUCAAUUCAUAAAUAUACAUUCAAUUGGUUUAAUUAUCUUCUUGUCAACUCUGUGUGGCUAUAGUAGUUGUGUUGGUGUAUUGUGCAUCAAGGUGGAUUUUUGCUGGGGUUAGAAUUUGAACUGGGGUUAAUUCAUCCGUUCUGGAAUAAAUAGCCCCAAUUGUUUUAGGUAUACAGCUGCAUAUCAGAAAACGCAACAAUUUAAAAUUAAUGUAUGUAACUUUGUAAUGGAAUGAUGGCACGGUCAAUGAGAUUUCUUUUGCCAAUUUGAUGUUUUUAAAAAUAAAGUAUUUUGAAAAUUGGAAAAUGAGCAAGCAAGUCACAGAUGGAUACAGUGUAAUGUGCAGUUAAUGAAUAAUUUUGAAUUACACAAGCUAGGUGGCAUGGUUUACAAGAUGAAUUUGUUGCCGAAAUCAUUGUCUUCUAAGGGGCUCGUGAACAUUUGGAGGAAUUGCACAAUAUCUUACACACUUUUAAUGUAAAGCUUUUAUAAAAAUGUGAACAAAUUCAUACACCUGGUGCUUUUAAUGUAACUGAGGAGGCAACGUGGCAUUACACAGACUAUGUAAUGCAGGGAACUGUUUUAAAUUACAGUCAAGUAGUUUAUGUUAACAGGACUUAACAGUGGAUGUGCAUGGAACAGGGAGUUUUGGGUCUUUGUUUAUUGUAUAUAAAGUGAAAUGCAGCAGCAUUAUCAAAUAUAUGAAUUCUUUAUCAAACAGCUAUUCCACCAGGUAAUUGAAGGGAAUGAAAAGGGGUCAGUGAACUCCAUAUUUUCUUUUUGCUUCUAAACUUCUCUCUUUCACAGAAUGGUGGUAUUCUUUCACAGCUGCUGAAAGAAUGGAGGCAUUCUGUUGUGGCAAUCUCUUUCUGCCAAAAUCAGAAAGUUGCACCUUCUCCUAGCCUAGGAGCAAAAUGUCUGUCUUGGAAGCACCAAAAUGGCUGCUUCACUCUGUUAAAGCCUACGUUGCCAAACAAGACAAAGACUUGUUAUUUCCUGAAAUGGGAAUCUGGUGGAAGCCACUUAAUGGGAAUGUUAUGUUUUUAUUUUUAAAGUCCCUUCUGUGUCUUGCUUUUCUUUUAAACCAUCAUUUACACAAAAUGAAUGAUUGGAUAAAAAAUGCCUUGCGCGUCCUCAGAGCAAGGUCAUGUUUCCACUACAGGGACAUCAACAGGUAUCCAUCAGAAGGGCAUUUAUCAAAGUGGCAGUCUGUUGACUUGCCUUUUUCCUAAGCAUGACUGCAGAAAUUAUAUUCCUUCCCUUUCUUCAAAGGUUACCGGGCUUCUAACACAGCAAGUUAGUACUGUACAUGCAGUAUUAUUCAGUAAUUACAGUUCUACAUGUUUAGGGUUAUUUUCUCCACUGAGGGUCUUGGUAACUGGUUUAACACUUCACUGGUCUGAUACCUUCACCAAUUUGAUCUUGGAAAAACUAGUUCUUGCCCUCAAUAUGGUCAUUCUUUAUGUGGUAGAAAGAUAACUGGCAACAUGUAUAAAUGUAAUAUAAAUCAUUGCUCUAUUUGAAUAAAUGUACUUGUAUA